AUGUCUAUCAACACCGAAUCCUCUGCUUCUCAGAUCGCUCCCGCUCAAGUUACGGAAUCCAUGGGCAAUCUAUCGAUCAACGGAGCGCCUGACACCGCCGACACAAACACCAACGUGUCCACCCCCAACUAUAACCCCAUGUUUGGCCAGGCUUCCCUCACGGACCAUCUCGAUGGUUCUGCACACAACCCCAUCACCGAGCACCCAUCUACGUUCUCCAUCCACACUGCCACUCUCAAAGUGUUCAUCAGCUUUGCGUACAAGGCAGUCUCCAUUCCGGAGAUACCGGCCCAACCCCUUUUCGAGCCGCUCGGCUAUCGCGAGUUCGUCCGCCUCCUCCAUCGCGACCCCGUCCAACCAAAUCGCCUCACGGUUGUCGACAUCAACGGUCAGGUCGUGUCACCCCCAUCAGCUGCAUUGUUUCCUAUUCGAGUUGAUUUUCCUAACGACAAGUAUCUCGAGGAAGCACUCAAGGUCCGUCGGUCUUUCGGAGGACCAAAGCGCGUGACUCAGGUCAAUGACAUCAUUCUUAACUCGGCCUCGAACAACGCCAGGAACCACCACAACGAUGGGAAGGGAAAAAGGAAAGGAAAGUCACACAACAAGGACUUCGGUAAUUUCUUCCUUCCUCUAGCUUAG